UGCUGCACCUUCCGGGGCCCCGACCUUGCUUUCCAGCUACCGAGGCUCCUAAUCUAUGCCAACCUCUUGACAUUCAUACCAUUGGAUGAUCUCCACGUACACGUUCCCCGGGAAACCUUUAGAGGACAAGACCAUCGUCGCUAUCAAUUUACGGCAUGGCUCUUGGGAUUCAGUACUACCGUUUUGCCCCUGACAAUUCAUGACAGCGAUCAUGUACUUUGUACACGAAGGGUUAGAAAAACGCUAUAUAGGCUCCUCCUGAUCCUCAUCAUGGUUAUCUUAUACUACCUCCUUUCCCGUAAGAAGUCGCGAAUCCCCACGUCGGAUAUAUGGGCGAGGGAACCCACGAAUACUUUGCGUCAAUACAAGCAUUACGGACGAGAAUGUAAUGUUUCCUCCUUGGACAUCCAUUUACCUGCUGGAUCCGUUUGUUCGGACAAGAAUUCGAUGCUGACAGCCAUGUCAUCUGGCGGUCGGGCAGGUAAGGAUGCACCAUACACGCCUCGUGGUUGCAAUAUGCAGUGGUUUAGCUCGUGGGAAGCGUGCGAUAUUCUAGGUCGGUAUUCUCAAGUUAUUCUCGUGGGAGACUCCAUGCUGAGACACAUUAUUGGGGCCUUGAAUAUCGUAAUUCGAGAGGAUGUGGGAUACGGCGCGGUUACUAAUUGGAACUUCGACGAGGAAGAAAAACGCAAGUGCUUUUGUAACAAGCAAUUCGACGUCCGCGAUUGCUCAGUCCAGGGUAUUUUUAGCACGGCUGAUGUUAUAGAGCACGACCCUGUAAGUCUCACGUGCACGAGAUGGAUGCCGGAGUGGGACACAGAUCUACGGAUUGAGCAAAUCGUGCGAUAUCCCAUCCCAGAGGAAGAACACCGACGGUUAGAGAAGGCGAUUGAUCCCAACCCCUUACAGCGGAAGGCCUUCGUUCUUGGCCAUGGGCUGUGGAAUAAUCUGGAGAUAGACCAAUCUCUGAGCUGGCUGGAUCUGGUAUUGGACACGAUCGAAUCGAAGACGAGAGCUAGCACGCGACAGCGGGGCCCAAACUCUAAAGGGAACGUGCCGGUUCUCCUGGUUACGCCAAACGCGGCUGGAGACAAGAAGCCGGAUGAGUGGAUCGUCAGCCAGGGGAAUAAGGCCCUCGUGAAGUUUGAGCACGAGAUGGCGGUUGAGGCAGCCAAAAGGGAAAUUGACCACCUAGGGACGUGGAACAUGAGCAUUCAAGCAACCCUAUACGACGGUGUGCAUAUGGAUAUGCGAGGGAACCUACUAAAGGCUCAGAUGGUGUUGAACUGGCUGAAUCUAUUGGACAGGUGAGGCGGCGCCACCUGGAACCCUCACAUAAGGAAUCGGUAGGGGACCGUGGGGAUGAAUGUUUCGGACAGCUUUCGCCUUGCAUUAAGCGUUCCAGGGAAUUUUAAACGGGGAAUAAUUGAAUGGUGGGGGGAGAAGGUCACGUCGAAUUACCAUUAUAUGCAUGCAUGCUCUACUGCACAGCUAACAGCACAAACGAGUUCCACUCCUUACCCAUGUACAUUAGAUACAAUGUCCACAACACGAUGCAGCAGAGCUAAUACAGCUAUAUUGCUACUCGCACGUACACAUG